AUGGAGCCAACAGCUAAAGGAAGGACUGAAAAAAGUUUCAGCUAUGUCGUCAGGGUCCCCAGCAGCGAUGGGUUUGAUCUAAUGAACGUUGAUGUGAAGAUUGACACGUCCUGGGUAUUCCAGGACAUAGAAGACAGUGGUGAGGAGCAGGGGUGUCUUCUGGAAGGAGCAGCUGGUAGCCCAGACAAGGACAUGGGGACACUCAGGAGGCAGCCGGAAUCAUCAGAGCAGAAGCUGUUAGCAGCUGUGGACAAGGACGUGAUGUCGGAGUCUGGGCUGAGAAGCAGAGUUCAGGAGCUGGAGCUGUCAGAGAAGAAACUCCUCCGGAAGGUAGACCAGCUGAGUGCCUGUGUGGUCCAGGAAAGAAGCGCCUUGCUCCAGGCCCAGGAGAAGCUGGAGGUGCUGCAGGGGGAGCUGGCCAGCCAGGUCCGGGAGAAGGAACGCGUGGCCAGGCGGCAGCGGCGGCUGCGGGAGCGGCUGCGGCGCAAGGACGAGGCUCUGGGGCUGCAGGCGGCGGCCCUGGAGCGCUGCCGGCGGACCCAGCGGCGCCAGCUGGGCCUGGUGCGCGAGCAGGAGCGCGUCCUGCAGGCGCAGGUGCAGCGGCUGGAGAGGGACGUGCGGCGCCUCUGUCGCGCCGCGAGCCUCCUGCUGGCCCAGCUGGACGCCGGGGCCCCGGCUGGUCCCCGGGGCGCCCCCGAGGCGGCGGCGGAGCUGCGCGCCCUGCAGGCGAGGGCCGAGCGCAGCGGGCGCGAGCGGGAGGCGGCGGCGCGCCGGCUGCAGGAGCAGCGCACCACCGAGCGGAGGCUCCGCGCGCAGCUGGACGAGCUGCGCUGCGGCAUCUACGAGCUGAAGCUGGCCGAGAUCGGCCUGCAGGGCCAGGUGGACGACCUCACCGAGCAAAACCGGAGCCUGCGAGAGGAGCUGGGAGCCCAGGCGCCCCCUGCUGGGCACUGUAGCCUGGACACCCUGGGCUGUGUUCAGGUUGACUCACUGCCCCUGCCCGGAGAGGAGGUGCUGGAUCCCUGCAGGAGCCAAGGCCGGCAGGACAAUGUCCCUGGACCAAGGGCCUCAGCAGGUCCCUCAGAGGGGCCCUGCAUCUGGGGCUGCGUCGGGGCUGGACGAGGCCCCUCUGUUUUGGUGCCGGGCCUGGAAACCACAGGCGAGCUGCUGGAAGACCUUGCGGCAUCUGACCAUGAACAGCUCACCAGCUUGGAUGAACACAUGCUUCUCCUCGUCUGUGGCUGCCCUCCAGGGCAGUACACGGACAGGUCACUCCUCCCUGUGGACCUGGCCCAGAUUUCAGAGAGUCUAGCAGCCGCCCCAGCCCUGGAGUCCCUUCUCCUGGUGCAGAAGUCCUCAUUCCCUCUCUGGGGGCCAGCCGGGGACCCCACUCCCCUGCCACCACUGCUGCUCCUGGAGGGUUCCUCACAAGAACCUCAAACCCAAGAGGUGCUGGACCCCAGGCCUCCACCUGCUCCCAAAGCCGCAGGACAACCUGGCUGGGAUUGUUAUGAUGCCUCCCUCUGUCAGGAGGCCCCGAACAUUUCAAAUGACCGAUCUCCCAAGAAAGGGCUCAAAGACCUAAAAGACAUUUGGAAUGAGGGGGGAGGGGCCCCAGGGGAGAGAACUGAGAAAGGGGAGGCGAGGAGGACUUUGGGCAGGAAGGAAGAAGGCCUCAGUGACAAGUGUCAGCCAAGUCAGGAAGGCCGUGAGACCUCGAGCUCGGAGACUGGGAUUCGAGCCCCAGAGGGCGCGCAGGGCGACAGGAGGGCUGCAGAGAUCCCUGCUGCUGCCUGCUGCCCAUGGUCCAGGCAGGGGUUUCUGAUGCCUCUUCUGCAUGGGGAGGCCUCUGUGUCAAAGGAGGGUCCCGGAUCCCUGAGCAGGAGCAGACAGAGUGGAAGAGAUGGCUGGGGCUUCCUAGGAGGGCUGUUGUCAGAGAAAGAGGAGGCAGUGCCCCCAGCCACCUUCUCCAGGGCUCAGAGGACUGAACAGCCACUGCCAGCAGGCGGUCAGCUCCUGGCUGGGGAAGGCAGAGCCAGCAGGAGGGUUCAGGGUGAGGAGGGAAACCAGCCGUGGUGUGGAAAUGCUCUGCUUCAAGAAGAAAGCCCUGGGGACAGGGGGCUUGAACAGGAGGAGACGCCACUGUAUCAAGAUGCAUCCAGCCACGGUUCCAGGGGUGUCCCCGAGGAGCCUGACUCCGAGGACCGUGAACACAGGGAAAUGCUAUCCCUGGAGGGGGGCAGAGCUUUGCCGCUGUUUCCCAGGUUGGACUUAUUAGCCGAUGGAGGUGAGCCCAGCAGUAAUCCACGGGCUCCAAGCAGAGGGCACGACAGAUAUAUUCUCACACUAGAUGAAUUUGAAAAGGAGAUGGAGGCUUGUUUCCAGCAACUGUCCCUCCUCAAGCUCGGCAGCAGCGGUUCCGGACGAAAAGCCUCCAUGCCGGCUGGAGAGAACUGGAGGCUUGCUUGGCAGUGGCGCUGCUGCCAGGACAUCGCCGCCGCUUCUCAGCAGGUCUGGGGAAACCGGGGCUUGCAUCUUUGCUGUGCUGAGGAUGCAAAGCCCGCAGAGAGCAGUGGAGAUGUUAAACCGGGAAAGACCAAGGCCAUGGGGAUGCGCGAAGUUGUUCCAGGGGCCGUGCCCCCCGAGCUGGGUCAGUACUGGCUUUCCCAGCAGCCAGGAGCCCUCGAGCAAGUGAGGAGCAGGUUUCACCAGCUCAUCUCUGGAUUGAUGAAUGAGAGAAGUCAGAUUUUACAGGAGAACGCCAAACUUCAGGGAGACCAAAAGAGAUGCCAUGAAAAGCUGCGCACCCUUGAAAAAGAGAGAGCGAGCCAUGCGUCAGAAAUAGCCAGGCUUGAGCAGAACAGCGAUGUGCUGUUAGCAGAUGUCUCGCACUUGAAGAGGGACCUGGACCAAUAUUUGCACGUCAUUUCUGACCUUGAAGACUGCAAUGCAAAAAGUUACAGCAAAAUUUCAGAGCUCGAAGAGGAAAAUGAAAAACUGAAAAGGAGUCUGGGCCAACUCCAGAGAGCCAUGUCCGAGAACAUGAGGAAAUCCACAGGUGUGACGGAGCAUGUCACCCUGGAAAAUGGGGAGCUCAAGGCGCUGAUUUCAGAGCUUGGGGUCAGUUACAAAGAGCUGGUGAAGGAGAUAGUGUUGGGGAUGGAGGACAUGACCCGGGCCUUCAGGGGGCAGAACGAGCUCCUUCUAGGCAGGAUCCGUGUCCUGGAGGGGGAGGUCACCUUGAAGACGAGCCAGGAUGUGGGGCAUCUGGAGAGAGGAGGAGGGCACCUCCGGGAAAACCCCAAGAUGACGGCAGACAAGAUGCAUGCUGUUGACAGAGAGGUGCAGGUGACACAACUUUCAGGGCAACUGAUUCCAGGAGUCCAUGGGCCACCUUUGGAGGAGGAAAUGGGUCUGACUUCUGGGAAGAUGGGAUCUUCCUUAGGCAUGGAGAAUUCCAGAUUAGGUACUGAGGCUGCUACUCCAUCACUGGGCUGGAGAAAUGCUGAAGAAUCCAGUGCCCUGCAAGGAAACAUUGACGGAGCAGGAGUAAAAGAAGCACAUUUGGGAAAAAGACCCAAAAAAGAGAAAGGACCAUGGUGUUCUGCAGACCGAGGACAAGCUCUGGGGUCCCGGAGCAAUGGCCCCCAGGUAAGGGAGUCAGAGGCUGAGCCUUCUGAGGAGGACCCCGGGCUGCGUGUCCUGCGGCUCCAGCACCAGGUGCGGACCCUGCAGUGCCAGCUCAGGGACCAGGGGACCGCGCUCCGGCAGCUGCAGGCCUCUCGCGAGGAGGCCAUGUGCCUCCAGGAGGAGCUCGAGGGCAGGCUUGCAGAACUUCAGAAAAAGCUGCAUGAAGCAAAACUGGCUGUGGCUCCUCUGAAGGCCAAGCUGGCUUCCCUGGUCCAGAAGUGCCGGGAGAGGAACCGCCUAAUUGCUCACCUGCUGCAGGAGCUGCACAGACAUGGGUCGGUGAAUCUCCUGCUCUCUGAGCUGGCACGGAACAUGGUGAAUGACGUGGCACUGGCUGAGUACGCAGCCACCUUCCUGGCUCCGGGAGUCCCAGAGACAAGCCACCACUUGGAUGUCGAGUCUGAGAAGACAGCAGUUGUUAGAGCUCAGAAAUUCUUCUUGAACCCUGAAAUAGACAGUGUUCUCCAAAGCUCAUCGUGUUCGGAGCCUUGGUCUGUUCCCCAGGCUGAGUGGCUGAAAGAGACAGCUCGACUGGAUUCUCUGAAGCUUCCCCUGCCCUUGGGGCCCUCCCUUGAUUCUGGAAUGUGCCUGGCAGCGGUCACUGUGGAACCAGGACUCCCUGCAUGAUGUCUGCAAGAAGGUGGAGUACCCUGUCCUGCCUUCCAAGCUCAUGGCCUGCCAUCACCCUUGGAGCUCCAGAGCCCGGCGAGGAUCCUGGCUUUUCACCAAGAGCUUAGACAAAGCAUUUGCAGCAGUUCCCAGGUCAAUAAAUCACCACUGGAGUUAUAA